AUGACCAUGAUCACUCACUUUGAGACGCACGACGUUUGUUUCCCUACGUCGUUAUCGGGAGACGGCACAGAUGCGAUGAACACAGACUGCGACUACUCCGCCGCAUAUGUGACUCUCUACACUUCAUCAUCAACACUUGUCGGGCACGGCUUGACAUUCACCAUCGGCCGUGGCACCGAUAUUGUGUGUUCAGCCAUCAAAGAGGUCGCAAGCCGUCUCGUAAAUAAGGAGAUCGAGCCUCUUUUCGCUAACAUGGGGCAAGCUUGGGAAUAUCUAACCGCAGACUCUCAGCUGCGAUGGAUCGGUCCAGAGAAGGGCGUGAUUCAUAUAGCUACCGGUGCGGUCGACAAUGCCUUGUGGGAUCUCUAUGCUCGCGCGAAGAAGAAGCCACUGUGGAAGCUUGUCGUGGAUUUCACCCCGGAGGAGCUGGUGAAUGCUACAACGUUCCGCUAUAUCACGGAUGCUCUUACGCCGGAUGAAGCUUUGGAAAUGUUGAAGGCGAAGGAGGCAACAAAAAAGGUACGUGAAGAGAAGGUACGCGAAGUUGGAUAUCCUGCCUACGUCACAUCAGCCGGCUGGAUGGGAUACUCCGACGAUAAAGUAUCAAAACUAAUGAAAGCCGCUGUCGCUCGUGGCUUCAAUCACUUCAAAAUGAAAGUGGGCACGAAUCGACUCUCCGACCUUCGUCGCGGCAAGCUCAUACGUUCCAUCAUCGACGACCCUCAGUAUUUCCCUGAGAGCCGUUUGGUCACGGAUCCUGGGGACUCAUCGCUCGAGGGCAAGAAUGCCGGUGGGACUGGGUCAGUGAUUAUGAUGGAUGCAAAUCAGGUUUGGGAUGUUGGGGACGCGAUUGAGUGGACGAAGGGGUUGGCUGAGAUUAAGCCAUGGUUCAUCGAGGAGCCGACAGCCCCAGAUGAUAUUCUCGGACACGCCGCAAUCCGUAAGGCUCUCAAACCCCACGGAAUAGGUGUAGCCACGGGCGAGCAUGCGCAUAACAGAAUGGUGUUCAAGCAGCUAUUUCAAGCAGAUGCUAUUGAUGUUUGCCAAAUUGACGCGUGUCGUCUUGCGGGCGUCAGUGAGGUGUUGAGUGUAAUGCUUAUGGCUGCCAAGUUCGGCAUCCCCGUCUGCCCACAUGCAGGUGGCGUUGGUCUCUGCGAAUACGCCGUUCACCUAUGUCUAAUCGAUUACGUCGCCAUUUCCGGCUCAAUGGAGCGCAACGUGCUCGAAUUCGCGGAUCAUCUCCACGAACAUUUCGUCUAUCCGUGCUCUAUUAGCGAACAUGGCCGAUACAAUGUGCCAACUGAUCCUGAGGGGGGAUAUAGUGUUGAGAUGCAUACAUCGAGUUUCGAGGAGUUUGGCUACCCAGACGGCUCGUAUUGGGUCGAAACGGCCAAGGUGAAGGCGGAUCAGUAA